AUGCCGCAGAGCUCUCUACAAGACACCACAGCAGUAGCAGCAGGUUCAGCGGAAGCGGUGGUGGGGGAGGGGAGCGGUAUGGCAGGGCUGUACCGGGCUCAAUCCUCCGAUCCGGCUAGUCUGAACACGAGUUGGUUGGCCAAGGAGUUUCUGAGAAGCAGCACGUGUCAUACCGAGCCCAAGGCGCUUUCUCUGGCGCUUAUGGGUGGAGGAAGGGGGUUGAAGGGUGGAGGGAGAGGGGCUGUGGGUGUGGAGUCUGGGAGGGGAACGGCGGUGGGGAAAGGCAGGGGGAAAGGUCAGGGAAAGCGUGCCGGAGGGCGAUUUGAUAGUGGUGCUGGUGAGGGCUGCGGCGGUGGUGGUGGUGCUGCUGCUGCCGCUGGUGGUAUCGGUGUUGGGUUAAUUGGUGAGCGGGCAUGUAAAGAUGCAGCUAGAGAUUUAUCCAGGGAUGAGGGUUACCCGCCUAGGCUUUCCCACGGCAGCAGCAGGAGGCGUGGUCUCGGCAAGUCAGUAUCUGCGCCCAAGGCCAGCAUUGACGCCUACCCGGUCCCUCAGCAGCCGUUCUCUCCUGCGUCGGUUGCUGAUUCCAUGGUGGCAGUCGCGUCUGCCGGCUCUGCUGCCUCCUCCCCGUCCACUUUUGAGGCGCCUCAGAAGGCGCCCAAGGCCAGCAUUCACGCGUAUCCAGUCCCGCAGCCGCUUUCUCCUGCGUCGGUUGCUGAUUCCAUGGUCGCAGUGGCGUCUGCCGGCUCUGCUGCCUCCUCCCCGUCCACUUUUGAGGCGCCUCAGAAGGCGCCCAAGGCCAGCAUUCACGCGUAUCCAGUCCCGCAGCCGCUUUCUCCUGCGUCGGUUGCUGAUUCCAUGGUCGCAGUGGCGUCUGCCGGCUCUGCUGCUUCCUCCCCGUCCACCUCUGCUGCAGCGGUAGCGGCAGGAGGAGGAGUGCCAGGAGUGUUAAGGCUGGGUGGAGGUGCUGCUCUUCUCUCCCCCACAACGGGAGCACCCACAGCAGUGGUGACAGCAGCAGCGGCGGCCAUGUCUAGCCGGCUUGCCAGAGCAGUGCUCGAGGCAUCGAAUGGCGGCCCGCUCACAGGGAGAGCUGUCUCUGCGUCCCGCGCGUUGCUAGAAGCUGCUGUUUCCAAAUCCCUCUUGGAGACUGGUUCCCUACCCAUGCCCAUGGCCAUGCCCAUUCCCUUGUCUCCUUCCUCCCCCUCGUCCUCUGCUCCUUCUCCUUCUGCUCCUUCCCCAUCCGCUCCUUCCCCGUCUGCUCGUUCCCCCUCUGCUUUCUCUCCGUCUGCUCCUUCUCCAUCCGCCAAUUCCCCUUCCGCUAGGAAACCCAGUUUCAGAAGCAGAGCCAGGGCUUUGGGGCAGUCUGCAGGGGUGGCAGAGGCAGGAGGGGCAUCGAAACCAGGUGUUUCUCCAGGGGCGUCGUUUGGGUCGGGGAGACAGAACCCGUUUGGAGGUAGAGGGGGGCAGUUGCUGUGUGUUGAGAUAGGUGAGGGAGGCGUGGUGCGCGUGGUGGGUGGCGGCAUGGGGGAGAAGGGUCAGAAGAGUGGAGGGCAGGUGGGGCGAGGAAGGAAACGUGGUGGUGAUGAGGAGGAGGAUGAGGAGGAGGAGGAGGAGGAGGAGGAGGAGGAGGGGGAGGAGGAGGAGGAGGAGGAGGAGGAUGAGGAGGAGGAGGAAGAGGGGGAUGGGAGGACCAGGGGUGGCAAGCCAUUUGUUCCCGAGGAAGGGGAUGAUGAUGAGCGAAGCAUUGGGGCGAAAGGCGGGAGGGUUGGGAGUUUGGAGCGAGGUUGGAGCCUUGACAGGAGAGGGAGAGGCGGCGGGGGGAUAGGGGGUGGUGGUCGGAGAGGUGAGGGGGGGAGAGGGGAGGGGAGGAGCUCUAGUUUGGAGAGAGAGGAUGGGGGUGUGGGCGGGGGGGUGGGUGGGAUUGGGAGUGGGCGGAGGGGGAGAGUGGUGGGACGGUUGAAGGCGGUUGGGGAGGAUGCGGAGGAAGGGGAGGGUGGUGAUGGCAGUGCAGUCACGGGGGGGAGUGAGAAGGGAGGUGUAAGGGAGGAGGGAGGUGGAACGGAGGAGGGUUUGGGUGGUAGAGAAGAGGGAAGGGUGCGGAGGGAUGGCUGUGGGAACAAGGAGAGGGACGGAGACGAGAGUGGGAACGCGAGCGAGAAUGAGAGUGGGCUUGAGAGUGGGAAGGAGAUCGAGAAGGAGAGUGUGAAGGGGCUUCGCAGGAGGAGUAUGGAAAGAAGAGGGGCAGAGGGCAAUGGAGGGACGGGGCCGCAGGAGGAAAAUAAUGAUGGGGAUGGGGAGCGCGUGGGGAGGAGGAGACGGAGGGUGCAGUUUAAGGAGAUGAGCUCUGGUGAUCGAUGGUCGUUUCCUCGCAGUGAGACCCAGGACGAGGAGGACUAUGGAGUUUGUGAAGAUGAUUUUAACGAGUAUGAGGAUGGAGAUGAGGACGAGGAGGACGGGGAGGAAUUGGAAGGGGAAAAUUUUGAUGUGUUAACAGGAAGCACAGAGAGUGAGGGGUAUGAGGAUGAAGAGGAGGACAUUACAGAGGAGGAGGAGGAGAUGGAGGAGAAGGAGGAGAAGAAGGAGAAGAAGGAGAAGGAGGAGAAGAAGGAAAUAGAGGAGAAGGAAGGGGCAGAGGAAGAAUUGGAGGAGAGGUUUGCAGUUGGCAGCUGCGAGAUAGGAAGGGCUAUAAAGGAGGCAGAGAGGCAGCCAGCAGGGGAACAGGCAGCAGCACGGAAAGUAACCAGGGAGCAGUGGCUGGCCGUGGUGGAAGAGAGGAGGCGGCGGCUGAGAGAAGCGGGUGAGCUUGGAGGGGUAAAGCAGGAGGAGCGGAAUGUGGAGUGUGGUGGAGGGAAUGGGGGUGGAGAGGAGGAGUUGGUGGUAUUGUUGGAAGUGGGGAAGGAGGUGGUAGUGGGUAGGGUGGAGAAGAGUGCACGGGAGAGUGUAGGAGGGGCGAGUGGGGGGGGUGUGAGUGUGGUGGGGAAGAGUGUGGGGACGCGUGUGCGGAAGAAUGUGGUGAAAGGGAUAGGAGGAAGGGAGCUGGUGAGGAGUGAUGAUGAGGAGGAGAAGGAGGAGGAGGAGGAGGAGGAGGGGGAGAAGAGGAAGGAGGGGGAGAAGGAGGAGGAGAAGGAGGGGGAGAAGGAGAAGAAGGAAAAGGAAGAGAAGGAGGGGGAGGAGGACGAGGAGAGCGAGGUACAAGAGAGGGAAGAAUUGGGGGGAGGGAAGGCUGUGGGACGAGCAGUGAGGGAUGGAUUCGAUAAUGGGUGUGCGGAUGAUGUUGUUCCGUUUGUAGCAACGGAGGGAGGAGAGGAGGGACAAGAGAGCACGGUGGUGAAUGAUGGGUUGGAGGGCUGGCAGGAUGGCAAGGAGUUAGGAGAUGGAUUUGGAGGAAGCAAGGACGGGGAUUCUGGUGCUGGUGCUGGUGCUGCUGCUGGUGCUGGUGCUGGUGCUGGUGCUGGUGCUGCUGUGCAGGCAUGGCAGCAGUCGGAUGUGUCUAGUGAGGGGACGGAUGAGGAUGAGAAUAAGGUUGAGGUGAUUUUUUUCAGGAGAGAAGAUGGGGAGGAGAGUGAGGAGCGAGAGGAGGAGUGUGAGGAAGAAGGGGAGGAUGAUUGGUCUGAUGAGGAGGAGGAGGGGGGUGAGGUGGGAGCUGAGGGAGAGGGAGGAGAGGAUGGACUGGGAGAAGGGACGGGAGAGGGAGAGGGAGAGGGAGAGGGAGGAGAGGAUGGAGUGGGAGAAGAGGAAGUGGUGGGAGACGGUGGGGCUGUGAUGGAGGGGGGUGAAAAGGAGGGCCAGGAAGGCCAGAGUCAGAGUACUUUCAAGGAGAAUGGGCCAGUGGAAAGAACUAGUUCUGACACGUCUCAGAGCACGGAAGCUGCAGCAAGGGAUGGGACGAGAGGGAAGGGUGUGCGGCAGGAGGUGUGUGUUGAGAUUUGUCAGAAGUCGCAGCAGGUGGGUGGUGAGGAGGGGAGUGGUGGUGGGAGCAGUGGGGAGAGCGGUGGGGAGGGCAGUGGGGAGAAUUCUCUGCGGCAGGACACACUGAGGCGGCGCGCGGUUGAGACGUGGCGGCGGGUGCAGCAGCAGGAGAGCGAGAAAGCUAUGCUGGCAGCAGAAGGGGGGUUGCGACGGCGGAGUGAGGAGGGCACGGGGGGAGAUGGCAGCAACGGGGAGGAAAGCAAGGGGGAGGAAGGCCGCGGCGGGCCGAGAAUGGUGUUUGGAGCGCUGCUGAAAAGCAGUGAGCCUGGGAGUCUAGUUCUAUGUGGGCGGUCCGUAUCCAUGCCCAAGAACCUUGAUCUGGAGCACGCAAGCCAGCCUCACCACAUGCAAUUCCAGUUGGUCGAGCUGCAGCUGGCUACGGGCUCUUUUGACGCGGCGAAUCUGCUGGGUGAGGGGGCGUGUGGGCGUGUGUACCGGGGCGUGCUGCCCCUGCAGCCUCGCCGCCAGGUGGCUGUUAAGCUGCUGCGCCGCGCCGACAGGAGCGUUGCUGCUGCUGCUGCUGCUGCUGCUGCUGCUGCUGCUGCUGCUGCUGCUGCUGCCGCCGCUGCUUCUGCUGCUUCUGCUGCUUCUGGUGUUGCUGGUGGUGCCACUGGUGGUGGUGGUGGUUGUGACGGCGCUGCUGGCGCUGCUCCUGCUGCUAUGGACACAGAUGCAGGGUUCAAGUGGGAGGUGGAGAAACUGGCACGGCUGGAGCACAGAAACCUGGUGAGGGUGCUGGGGUGCUGUGUGACUCCAUCCAAGCGCAUGCUAGUGCGCCACUACCUGCCACAUGGCUCCUUGCACGACCACUUGCACGGGCAUGCACAGACGCCGCCACAAUCGCAUGCACCGAUGAAUCCGCAGCGCCUGUCAUGGGAGCAGCGGCUCAGGGUAGCGCUGGGCACAGCAAGGGCCGUGCGCCACCUUCACUCCCAGAGGCCACAGGUACUGCAUGGCAACAUCAGGUCGUCCAACAUUCUCCUCACAGGCAUGCUUGAUGCCAAGCUCGCUGAUUUCGGCUGCACAUCGCUGUGCCAUGGUGUAGCUGCUGCUGCAGCGGCUGCUCAUGGCACGUGCGGUGAUGUGUACGCAGCACCAGAGCUGCUGCGAGGGGAGACCAGUGCUGCUUCGGAUGCCUACAGCUUCGGAGUCGUGCUGCUGGAGUUGCUAUCGGGGCGGCCGCCAGUGGUUGAGGGCACCUGCACACUAGUGCUCUGGGCCCAAGGAGCACUGAAGAAGCGCCAAUGGCAGGACCUAGUGGAUCCCUCCCUCCUCGACCCACUGUCGCACACAACCUCCUCUCCCCAUCCUCCUGCUCUUGCUGCUUCUGCUCCUGCUGCUGCUCCUCCUCUUAAUGUUGCUACUGCUACUGCUUCUUCUACUCUUCCUCCUCCGCCUCCUCCUCCUGCUGCUGCGGCUGCUGCUGCUCCACUUGCUGCCCAUCGUGUUCCGUCUUUCCUCUCUGUCUUGCGCCUAGCUGCCGCAUGUCUUGAUGCAAAUCCUGUUGCACGCCCGCCAUUCGAAGCCCUUGCUCACUCUCUGCAGAAGAUUCUCAAAGUUGAACGAGAGGCAAUAGAGGCAGCAGGGGCGAGCAAUGGGUCACUUCCAUAUAAACUUGAUGAGAAUGCUAAUAAGGAGGCCAGCACAGGAGCAAUAGCUAAUAAAAAUGCUCCGGGUUUAGGAACUACAGCAAUGGGAGAUGCUCGUACAGGAACCAUGACCCCACAAACCGAGCUCAUUCCAUAA